AUGGGCGCUAAAUUCAAUGAAGACGAAAAGAAUCAGGGCAACGGCGGUGACCCAUCAUCUGGUACACCUCGUUCCGUGGGCGGGGAGGUCAAAGGUGCUCACCUCGCCCGUGAUGGAGAUGCUAGCCUUGGAGACGGAGGCGGCGACGACGAUGACGACGACGACCAAGAAGCUGGAUCCGUGUCGCUGAUCGCGACCGACAAGAAGCAAAAGAAGAGAAAGCCCCGCAAGAAGAAAACCAAGAAGUCUGCGACAACCCAGUCAAACCCUCCAAGGGUGCCGCUGAGCGCCGUCUUUGCCUCGGCAGAGUACCCCAAGGGCGAAUGCCAGGACUACAUAACUGCUCGUACAACGCCCGAGGAACUGCGCCUUCGAGGUAGGAAGCAUCUUGAAGACCCAGAGUUUCUCAGCGAGUACCGAAAGGCUGCUGAAAUUCACCGUCAGGUCCGCCACUGGGUGCAGGACACCGUCAAACCAGGCUGGGAGCUCAGUGAUAUCGCUGACGGUAUCGAGGAUGGAGUACGUGCAUUGCUCGGCAAUCAGGGUCUAGAGACCGGAUCUGCCCUCCGAUCUGGUAUGGGCUUCCCUACUGGACUGUGUCUCAAUCAUCAAGUCGCCCACUAUACCCCUAACCCUGGCCAGAAGUCUGUCGUCCUGCAGCACUCGGAUGUUAUGAAGGUAGACUUUGGCGUGCACAUCAAUGGGUGGAUCGUCGAUAGUGCCUUUACCAUGUCCUUUGAUCCGGUCUACGACAGCCUCCUGGAUGCUGUGAAGGAUGCCACAAACACUGGUAUCAAGACCGCCGGCAUUGAUGUCCGCAUCUGCGACGUGAGCGCUGCUAUUCAAGAGACCAUGGAAAGCUACGAAGUUGAGAUCGGCGGCAAGUCGUAUCCAGUCAAGCCGGUCCGUACUCUCAAUGCCCACGACAUCAAGCAGUACCACAUCCACGGCGGCAAGUCGAUCCCGUUUGUCAAGAACAAGGAUCAAACCAAGAUGGAAGAGGGCGAGGUAUUUGCCAUUGAGACGUUCGGUAGCACGGGCCGCGGGAGAACCACGAGCGACGUCGGAAUCUAUGGCUACGGGCUGGGCACGGACAGACCAAAGCAUGUGUCACUGCCAUUUGCCUCCGCAAAUCGACUCUAUAAGGUGAUUCGGGAGAACUUUGGUACCAUCGUCUGCCUUGUUUCCAACGGUGUGCUCGAACCGUAUGAGCCGCUGGCAGAUAUCAAGGGUUCCUACUCCGCGCAGUUCGAACACACAAUUUUGCUUCGCGAGUCGGCCAAGGAAAUCCUGAGUCGUGGGAGCGACUAUUAG